UGCUACAAACGCUUGAUACAAACGCUAAGGCUCUUCAGCUCUGUCUCUUUUAAUUCAUUUUUGAUGUUGGUGGUGGAACUAUAACUAUUUGAGUUGUGACAUUCUGAAUGUUAUCACUAGCAAGUCAUUAGUAACGGUUUGUUAGGGUAUUCGCUACGGGUUAAUAACGCUUUCCAAGCUUAACGCAAGCAUUAGCGUUAGUUCAAUGAAUGAUGUUGUUCGCGACGUUCUUGCUUUUAAUCACAUCUCCAGUCUCGCAAUCUAGCGAAGCUAGAUGCGGUCAAGCCGACCUGAUAUACGGGGAGGUAACGCUGCUCCGAGACUUGCUGCACCGAUGCGCCAGAUGUCCACGAAUUGCUUCAGAAGCCAGCUGUAUCAGUGACAGUACGCCUUGCGAACCACCGCGCAAGUUGUGCAGCAACAAUCCCUGCUUUCCGGACGUGACCUGCGAGGAGUCCGAUCACUACCCGUUCUUCAGCUGUGGUGACUGCCCGCAGGGCUAUCGAGGCGAUGGUCGCAACUGUACGGCGCGAGAUCCUUGCGGAGAAGGGCCCUGCUUUCGAGGCGUUAGCUGCACCUGGGUUGACAAGGUUCCGUUCUUCGAGUGUGGAGACUGCCCACCGGGGUUUGAAGGAGAUGGUCGGAGCUGUUCACCGGAAGAUGUCUGCGGUGACGAACCGUGCUUCCCGAGCGUCAACUGCUCUUGGACGGAACGGGAUCCGUUCUACGAGUGCGGACCAUGUCCAACGGGGUUCGUGGGAGAUGGAAUGACCUGCAGCAGGAAUCCUUGCCUGGAGAAUUCAUGCUACGGCGGAGUCAACUGUCAGAUGGUACCGUCGGAACCGUACUUCAAGUGUGGCGACUGUCCGGUAGGAUUAGCUGGCGACGGGAUUUUCUGCGCGAAGGAUAGCGACGCGGACGGAUAUCCGGACGGGGCGGACAACUGUCCGCGGCAUCCAAACUCCGGACAGGAGGAUGCGGACAACGAUGGAAGGGGAGAUGCUUGCGAGGAGGAUGUCGAUGCGGACGGCGUUGGCAAUCUGGCGGACAACUGUCGGUACGUUUCGAAUCCUGCGCAGGAGGACUCCGACGGGGACAAGAUUGGCGAUGCUUGUGACAACUGCGCAAAGGUUUCGAACCGAAAGCAGACGGACGUCGACGGUGAUGGACGAGGGAAUGAGUGUGACAAUGACAUCGAUGGAGAUGGACUGGUGAAUGGGCGGGACAACUGCCCGUUUGUUUACAAUCCAGAGCAGGAGGAUGACGACGGGGACGGAGUUGGGAACGGGUGCGACAACUGUCGGGUGAAGCACAAUCCGUUCCAGGAGGAUUCCGAUGGGAAUGAGGUUGGAGACGCGUGCUCGUCGGAGGUGGAUUCUGACGGAGAUGGAUUCCAGGAUGAUUUGGACAACUGUCCGCUGGUGGAAAACUGUGCCCAGCUUGACACGGAUGGAGAUGGAAUUGGAGAUGCUUGUGACGAGGACAGGGACAAUGAUGGAGUGCUGAAUGGAUUGGACAACUGCGAACUGAUUCCAAACGCGGGUCAGGAGGAUGUAAACAGAAACGGAAUUGGCGACAGGUGCGAGAAUGAUCUGGAUGGAGACAGCAUCGUAGAUUGGAAGGAUAACUGUCCCCUGAAUGGAGCGAUCAAGCAGGCAGAUUUGCGGAACUUUACAACGCUAUCGCUCGAUCCCAAGGGAACAUCCCAGGACGAUCCGUACUGGGAAAUUCGCAAUCAGGGAACGGAGAUUUACCAGAGCUUGAACAGCGAUCCCGGCUUGGCGGUAGGCCUCGACAAGCUAGAGGGGUUGGACUUUGAGGGGACGUUUUUCGUCGAGCCGGAUCCAAAGUUUGUCGACGACGACUUUAUAGGAUUUGUGUUCGGCUUUGUCAACGCAAGAUUGUUCUACUUCGUGUCGUGGAAAGCCGGCGCCCAGCAGUACUGGGACAAGUGGCCGUUCGUGGCGAAGGCUACCCCUGGAAUUCUGCUCAAGCUGGUCAACAGCCGGACCGGUCCGGGAGAGAUGCUCCGGAAUAGCCUGUGGCACGAUGCCAGUGUGGAGGGGCAGACGAAGCUACUGUGGCAAGAUCCGGAGAAGAAGGCUUGGCGGUUCAGCACUGCGUACCGCUGGAAGGUGCUACAUCGGCCGAGGAUCGGGUUGAUACGGGUUCAGCUGUACCAGGGUGACAGGUUGGAGGCGGAUUCUGGUAAUGUGUUUGAAGGCACUAUCAAAGGGGGACGGCUAGGGAUCUACACCUUCUCGCAGGCCUUCGUGACGUGGUCAAAUUUGAAGUACAAGUGCAAUGGUAAGCGAUUUUUGAGAUUUUUCAGUUUAGUGGUAUUGAUUUUAUUGUCAACAGAUGGAGUUCCUCGCGAUAUUUUCAACCAAUUGGAUCCGUCAAUCAAGCAGAACAAUAACGUUACAGUUGUCGAGGAAAGCUGGUUGUAAAACGUCUACACUUUGUAAUUCCCUGCUACAAAUAAGUUAACGAUCCAUGACAAAGUGGUUUAACUAAAUUCACAACAAAUCGCGUAAGUGAACUUUAGAACUAGCAGCAGAGUUAGAACAAACAUGUUCUGCAUAGCAUUCUUAUUGCUGAUAAUACUUCCAGUAGCAUCGAUGGAAGAGCCGAAUUGGUAUUUGUUCGUGAUAUAAUAAAAAAUCUCAAAUAACCUCACAAUAUCUUCACUUUCAGCGGUAAGAUCAUCAAAUACUUCUAAACAUUUCAAAAGCGCCAACUUCAACCAAUUAUUCCCCUUAAAAAAGGCUACAUCGACAAGCUUUUCCAGCAGAUCGCAUCCCUUCGCAGCUCGCUGGACCGCUGUACGGGGUGUCAACGGGCUGACGGAUGCCUUCCCCAUUGUACACCUCGGCGGCUUUGCAACAACAACCCGUGCUUUCCAGGUGUGCAGUGUGCAGAAUCCAGCUACUUUCCCUUCUUCAGCUGCGGCGGGUGUCCGCCGGGAUACGACGGGGAUGGGCGGAAUUGUACUGAAGUUGGAGAAGGAGCUAGGAAGCUGGAUUCUGCCAUUGAAAGACUGCAGAACGCUGUCACUCCUGAGGGAGUUGCGGGUCUAAAAAGUAGACCGAACUGGAUUCUGAUAGCGAUUUGUGUAGUUUUGAGUACGGAUGCGAUUAAAUUAAAUGUUUGAAGUUAUUGCGUAUUUUGCACUUCUCUAGAGUCCUGCGCAAUUAUUUUCAUCACAGUA